AGGUUCCAUUAAAGUUUUACCCUAAACAGUUCCGCAAAGAGCAAUUCUAAAGGUUCAAAGUCUUAACCGGUGUAUAUUUCCAGAUUAGCAACCCUGAUUACUAAUAAUCGUAUUAGUUAACCUUUUAGCUAGACAUUACUAUUAAAAAGGCAUCAAACAUUUCCCCAGGGGGUCACAUCUCACAUUGCCCAUUCAAAGUUUUGGAUUCACACCUCCGCCUACUUCUGUGCAACUGUUCCCUGUUGUUGUGAAACCGAUUUACCCAAAAUAUUAUUCAAUGCAGCUUGGAACUCUUUCGGUUCACAAUGGGUAACGAAGUUGCUACGUUUCUUCAAGAGAUUGAAACUUUGUGGGAUUUCCUUUAUUGUAAGUGGUUGCAACUCGUAACAUUUUUUGGAGACUCGAGGGUACGGGACAGCGCUUCACAGUUACUCGUCAAGGAUGACUGCCCUUCUGAUCAACCGAGACGUGAGAGCCUGAUAGCAUGGUGGAAGGCGACGGGCCAAAGGCCGAAACUGGACAUCGAGCAUGACCCACAGUCGUCACCCGUUACAGCAGCGGAACCAAUUCUUAAAACCGAAUGCUCCGAGCGAUCUAGCUGCAAAGAAAAGGGAACCCGUGAUUCGAAUGAAGUGUCCUUCGAAGCGAAGAGAGUCUCCGCUCCAACGCCGAAGGAAGAAGAGGAUCCUGAGCCUCUUCUGGCUGACAUGUUUGACAAUAUCUUCUCGAGAAGGGCAAGCUUUAAAGUGAAAGCUGAAAUAGCAGAAAGAGAGCUAUACCAAAAGCAGCUUAAAAUGCUAAGUGAACUAACACACAAAACUGAGCUUACGGACGAGGAUAAGAAGAAACUGGAGUACAUCGACGAUAACCGUCGGGCUUAUUUAAGUAUGGAUCCUCGAAAGACUAAAAGAGCAGACUCUGUCGGAUCUGACGCUUUCGAUGUCGACGACAUAUUUAGCCGCCGAGGAAGCUUUAAGAUUAAAGCUGUGGAGUGUGAAGAAGAAAUCAGGCGGCACUUCGAAGCUGCUGCAGCUGGGGCAAGUGAUCUGUCAACGGAAUUGUUGUGUGCUAUGAGGGCCAUGAAGCAGGAUGAACAGAUCACUGCGUCAAAACCCAGUGACAUAUCGGUCCCAAACGCGCCGCGGUGCACUGGUUGUGAGUUUAAAACCUCUCGCGAUGACAGGGAAGUUGUCGCCGUCGUUGAGGUGUUUAAAAAGGUUGAUGGUGCAAUAUGGCGACUUAAAAGGGAAGUCGAGACUCUACGAACACUCGAGGGAAAGACCCUAGAGGAGGUGUGCCCAGGACUAAAUGACGUCCUUGAUCAAUUUAUUAAAGAGAUUUUAAGCUUCAAAGAAGCAAAAACAAAGAAAAACACCAAAGCGGCACAGGACUCUGAUAAGGGUCAAAAUGACGUCAAACAAGGGGCCAAACCAAAAAAAGAAAUCUCUUUUUCCUUGACCUCGCUACUGGAAACCACAUUGGGAGAACAGACCCAGGAUGGGACUAAGACGGGCUUCAAGAAAAUCAAAGCGACGGAAGUACAAGGCAAACUCGGCAUCGGCGUGUGGUUUGAUGGGCCAAAAACUGAUCUGACAUACGCUGUUCCUAGUGUACCAGCUCUCGAGUCCACUGCCCGUACAUCGACAAACCUGGAACCGGCUAAAUCUAGACCAGCUGCCCUAGUGAUGAGUGAUGUGAAAUUGUCCAAUGCAGAAUUAACGUUAUCAAAAUUUGCUGUAGAAGAAUCGAAGGUCAUUGAAGAUAAUAGAUCGAAAACGGUCUCAAAUCGCAAUGGAGGAAAACCCGCGAGUAUAAAAUUUGCGAGGUCCGACGUUGUGAAACUCGCCAGCCGAAUUCCCACUGCUCCGAAAAUUAAAACUGCAAAAUCAAGCUUUAUAAAUUUAAGUGAGAAAAAAUCCAUUAGUCCGCAGACAAAAGCUCCAAGACCAAGUGCUGUAUACUUAAAUGACAGAAAAGCGAGUGCUACUACCCGUUGGGCCAUAACACCGGGCUUUGUAUGUCCCAAUGACAGGAAGCCGACUAAUCCGCUAAUGAUUCCAACACCGACCGUGGUAAAGGCGGGGACUACAGAAUUGCCCAAAAUCCCGAGAUCUAGAUUUGUAAAUUUGGAAGACAGCAGGUUGGUGGCCGGUCUCAAAACGGGUGGUCCGGAGACUGAUAUUGCAACAGAUGUUCAAAAUGCGUUUGCCACAGCUGCUCAAAAUGUAGAAGUUUUAAGGCUCUUUUCUUCGGGGCAUAGUCCAAAUGCUGAUGCCUCAAAGGCACUUUCCGUUGGUACAGCUAGGGCUGACGCCCUGAUGAGGAUAUCUGGCGGCUCAACAAGUGCUCUGCUAGACGAUGAAGCAACAAAGGUUGUGGCUUCAAAGAACAAUGCACCGAAAAUCACUGCUUCUAAAGUUCGCGCCUCCGCGGCAAUUGUCCCAGAACCUAAAGUUGUGCAUGAUGUCACUCAAGAGACGGACGUCCCAAAUAUCAUGGCUUCUAAUAUGGAUAUUUCAAAGGUUGCCGACUCUAAAAGCUCCGUUCUGAACGACCAAAACAACAUCCGAGGGGGUGGCCUGGCAGCUUGUCCUUCGAGGGUAAGCACCUGUGAAACAGAUUUGUCUAAAAAUUACGCUUCGAAAGAUAAGACUUUGUUUCAAUGUCCUGAAGAGUACAUUUUUUUCGAGUAAUCAUCUGGAAGCUAAGGACUUCACGUCGGAAUCGGAUGGAAGCGUCACAUGCAGCGAUUUUGCAGUGAAAAGGGCUUCAAUAGAUACACCUAAGUCGUACAAUCCAAAGCCAGUCGUUCCAAAAAUCGGUGGUACAAAGACCAUCCUCUCGAGGGAAAUUAACCCACUAGCCCACACUCCAGGAGCACUUAUUCCGAGAACUAGCACUCCAAAAGCAGUUACCCCAAGCAGAGAAACGCAAAAAAUGCGCCACCAAGUGACCAGUUCCCCGAAUCUCUCUGCCACUUCCGAACCCGAUUCAGCGAAGUUCGAUAGUACGGAGGUCAAUGCCUCCGUAAGCGACUAUUUUUUCUGCAUUUAUGGGCGACGCUGUAGGUCUGGAUCUGUGACAGAAAUUAGCAUGUCGAAUCUCGAGGGCUUAAGAGGCAAGUUGAAGGCGAAGUAAGAAGACCCAACGAAGUUAUGAAAAAUUGUAAUAAAGCAGCAGCCAUG